UAAUUCAAGCUUAUGGUCCAAGACACUUUUUAAAGUCUUGCCGUGGAGGGUGUUUGGUCUUCUCCGCUGCCAAUAUAUACACACACACACACCUAGUGCUCAAUGCCAUAAUAUCAUUCACCAAAAUCAACAGAAGGAAUAGGAAUGGACGGACAGCAGCCAUGGAGGCCCAGAUUGUCGUUCAGGAGCGCCACCAUAAUGAUGUGCUUGCUGAACGUCAUCACAGCUCUUCUUUUGCUUCAGGGCUUUCUCUUCUCUACUUCUUCUCGCUCCAAAUCCUCACCCAGUUCAGCCACACUCAGGUAUAUCAGAGAAUCUGAAGAGAUCCGUCUUGCUAUGCGACCCUUGGAACUAAUAAAAAGAGUGAGGGAAAUCCAACGAGAAGCAUCUGGAGAACCAGAAACACUCCAAGAGAAAGACACAAGGCAGACAGUUGCAGUUGACCUUUCAAAAAGAUUGAAGGAUCUGCAUGCUACUAAUGAUGCUAACAGUUUGAAAGCCUUGGAAGAGUGGCGUAAACGGAAGAUGGAACGAGCAAGACUGCGUGACCUGGAGAAAAAUGGAACUCACACAUCUCAAGCUUGAACCAUCUCUCUCAUCUUGUUGAUCGCUUGAAUUUGAACACCGAAGUUGUCUGGAAAUCGUAUUGUACAUGUGUAUCUAAACUCUGAAUUGAUAACAAAGAACAUUUAUAUGAUUAUACAUAAAGUUGUCAGGAAAUCGUAUUUUA